GUCCUCAAAUACAUCCACCACAUCCAAACAGGGCCUUAUGCACAUGUUUUCUUCUUCAUGUAGAUACCAUAAUAAUAUUACCCAGUAAUUAUCUUAGAUCUGCUCCAAUCCGGCUUCCUGUCUUUUGUUUUGCUUGCUAAUCACAGGUAGAUCCAGACAUGGAUUUCAUGAAAGUAAUCGAUCAAACAGUACGCGAAAUAAAGAGGGAGGUGAAUUUGAAAGUGUUGAAGGUUCCUGAAAUCGAACAGAAGGUAUUGGAUGCAACAGAUGAUGAAAAUUGGGGCCCCCAUGGCACUGCAAUGGCUGAGAUAGCACAAGCUACUAAGAAAUUUUCUGAAUGUUCGAUUGCAAUGAAUGUUCUAUGGACAAGAUUGAAAGAGACAGACAAGAACUGGCGUUAUGUCUACAAGGCACUGGUUGUUCUAGAGUAUUUGGUAGCACAUGGAUCUGAGCGUGCAGUGGAUGAUAUUGUAGAACAUACAUAUCAUAUUUCGUCUCUUACAAAGUUUGAGUAUGUUGAACCGAACGGGAAGGAUGUGGGAAUCAACGUGAGGAAGAAGGCUGAACACAUUGUGUCUCUCUUAAAUGACAAGGACAAGAUACAGGAGGUUAGGGAUAAGGCUUCUGCAAAUCGUGAAAAGUAUAUUGGACUAUCAUCUACUGGAAUAACAUACAAGUCAGGAUCUGCAUCCAUGAGUAGUGGCAGUCGAUAUGGAGGUUUUGGCAGUAAGGUUGAUAGUGACUCAUUCACUCCCAAGGAUAGCGAUCGAUAUGGUGAUCCUAAGAUUGACAGAAAUACUAAUUAUAGAUCUCGAAGGGAGAUUUCUGACAAAGAGGACAGCUCAAGUAAUCGGUUCUCUCAUCGUGCAAGUAAGAAGCAUGGUGCUGUUUUUGCUAGUGGAUCAAAGACAAACAAGACAGGCUACUCUGAUAAGAAUGCUUCAAUACCCUCUACGAUUGCAACUACACCAAGUAGCAAUUAUGAAGACGAUUUUGAUGAUUUUGAUCCUCGUGGGACUUCAACUGCUAAGCCUACUGCAGUGGGAAGUUCUAGCCAAGUAGAUCUUUUCGGUGGAAGUUUGGUUGGUAACCUCUUGGAUACAACUUCUGUAUCUUCUUCAUCAGAUAAGGCCACCGUAAAGAAUGAACAAACAGAAGUUGAUUUAUUUGCGGAUGCAGCUUUUGUAACUGCUAUCACUCAGUCCAAAACAUGGGGAAGUUCUCAGGCUCCUCAGGCGGGCAUUGAUCUGUUCUCCCAACCUGAAGCAACAGGAAGCUCUCAAGCUGAGAUGGGUGUUGAUCUGUUCUCGCAAGCAGUUCCUCUGCCUUCAGCCUCACCCGUUCCUCUCUCAACAUUUGAUUUCUUUGAUGCACCUGAUCCGGAUGUGCAACCCGAGAAAUCUUCCAAACAAGAGCCCCAGGAUACUAAUAAUAGUACACUUGAUCCAUUCGCUGCCGUUCCAUUAAAUGCUUUUGACAGUUCGGACCCAUUUGGUUCAUUUGUUUCCCAAACUGAUUCCGCUGGCGGUACAAGUGAAGGUAGCUUGAACGCAUCUUCAGUAGAUUCCAAGCUCCCAAACAAGAAGAAUUCUUUUCAGGUCAAGUCUGGAAUAUGGGCUGAUUCACUUAGCCGUGGAUUGAUUGAUCUCAACAUAAGUGCGCCCAAGAAGGGGAACCUUGCAGAGGAGAAAGAAAAGGGGCCCGCCCCGCCUACUGCAUUUUACUCGAGCAGAUCUAUGGGUCAGGGAUCCGGGCUUGGCAAAUCUGGGGUUUCUUCAAAUACAAGAAACACCAAAGACGACUUCUUCUCAACCCAAUUCAGUAAUUUCCAAAAAUGAGUUCAUCCGUAUAUCCCCUGAUAUAUAUUCUUUUAUGAAUUCUAUAGAGGUCAAAUGUUCAUUUCUUUUGUGCAGUCUUUUGAGAUGCAGGGUAUUGAGAUUUGGGGAUAUAAUUGUCUUUUCCCCAUUGCCAUUGGAAAGACCUCGUACUAAAGUUACUCAAUUCUCACUCCCAUCUUCUCGCAGACAUCCACAAAUACUGAACAAUAUUGAGAAUGAGUGUAUGUCUAAUGGGGGGUUGAGAAUUUGCUUGUGGAAACUCAUUUGUGCUUCUUCUUUUAACUUAUACAAGUGUGAAAUUCACAUAUCCAUUUUCUAUAGGUUUUGGGAUAUAUAUAAGAUAUGGACAUUCUAUCAUCUCUUCUUUUUCAGUCAUUUGCAUUCUAUGCCUCUCCUUUCAUCCAUCAUUUUGUACCAUUAGUAUUCAUUUUUUAACCUUUCCAAAUAUAAUUUGAUCGAAUUUUCAGUAAU